AUGCCUGUGUGGGUCGUGUUUGAAGUUAAAUGCCCAACAGUGAAUUUGGAAGACGUCCGCAUUGUCGGAUCUUUGCCUGAGCUUGGCUCGUGGGAACCAUCUCGAGCUCUACCUUUGGUGACAUCGGAACGGACAUAUCCAGCGUGGCGAACUUCUGAGAUUUCGUUGCCGAGUCAAGUGACAGAGGUCGUCCAGUACAAAUACAUAAAGGUUUUCGACGGAUCCUUGGUGCAGUGGGAGGGUGGGCCCAACCGGAUCCUCGACGUGAGCUGCCUGGUCGAGAGGAUGGUGAAUUACGUCGAUGAUUUGACUUUCGACAUCAACGAUACGGUGACGAGACGAAGUGGGCAUCGUAUACGCUUCCAAGAAACGUCCAAAAGCGCUUCUGUGACGACAAGCCGCUUCGCAAGCAGCGUGCCUUCGCCUCUCCGGGCCAGCCAGACCCCUGUGGAGAAGCACCCGAACUCUUUGGAGGAUCUGGAGAACGUCCUACGUGAGCUCAAGGAAUUGGAGCUCAUGAACCUUUCUAGCAGACCAGAGAUCAGGCGAGCCAUGGCUGCGGUUCGCGGUGCAAUGGAAGUAGAGAGAUCUGGACGACUUCGUUGGCGUCGGCCAGUGACAUGUGCCAUGCUGGCUCUCCUCAUGGUGCCGCUCAUGCCACUGAUCGUGACGGCCGCGUUGGUCUCCAAUGUGCAGUCAGCGCGUGUGCGGUACAACUCUCUACUGGCCUCUGCUACAGAGAACGUGAAGCGGCCACUACGGAGGCUUUUGGAGCCGGCUGAGGAGCUCAGGGCGUGGUCUGUGCCGACCUGCCGCACGCCCAGGGCCAGAACAGUGACCCGUAGGCCUCCUUUUCGCAAACGAUGA